AUCAGUGUAUAUUAUGUCGUCAUAGAAUCAGGUUAAAGUUCGAUAAUUACGUUUUAUUCCUGGGAAACCCGAAACAUUUCUCCAAAAUCAAAAUACUUCACGAAUUUUAACACUUUUGGAAUAAAGAAUGCCCUUCUUUGGAAAUAAAAAGAAAGAACAAGCUCAAAAUGUGGGCGGUGGCUACCCAAGUCAAGAUGGCUAUCCAGCCCAAGGUGGCUAUCCAAAUCAAGGUGGCUAUCCAGCUCAAGGCGGAUACCCAACACAAGGAGGCUACCCUGUCCAACAUCAGUAUCCAUCUCAUCAAAUGUCCCAUCAAUAUCAACAUCAGCAGCCUUCAGCAUACCCAGGUCAAAGCUAUCCACAAGCAGGGGGAUAUGCUGCACCACAGCAUGGAGCCUAUGCUCAAGGAGCUCCACCACCUUACACUCCAUACGGACAAGCAGCACCCCCACCACAAACGACAGUAGUACAAGCUGGAGGUUUUGAUGCCGGAGCAAGAUUUCACGGUGGAAACUCUUCUGUACCACCUCCCCCUCCUGGUUGUAUGCCGAAUGCAGCCCAGAUGGCAAUGAAUCAAGGACAAAAUGUUGUGGUUACUCAAAGACCUCAAGACUUUAUGACAGGGGGUAGUGACGGAGGUUAUGUUAUUUGGUAAAUCUGUGAUUUUUCACCCUACAAUGAUUUUAAGUUUGCUUGAAAUUCCUCGAUUCCAUGUCUCCUCUCCAUUACUUUUUUUUUAAAUCUUAGAUAAUAUUCUUCAUUAUCAUUAACGAUAUUAUGACAUAUAAACAAAA